AUGAACCACUACCCUCCCCGUGUCAUGGGCGGUCCUCAGGCCGGCCCAGCCCAGCGCCUCAACGAGCUGCUCGACAGCAUCAAGACGGAAUUCGAGACUGAAUCUCAGCGCAGCGUCGAAUAUGAAGGCCAGAUCAGCCGGCACAUCCAGGAGAUAGAACUCAUCCGGGGAAAAGUCUACUCACUCGAGCAGUCGCACAACCAGAUGAAAUCAAAAUAUGAAGAGCGCAUUGCCCAGCUGGAACGUGAGCUCGAGGCUCGCGGCGGCCCCAGCCAGAACUCGCAGCACCACGGCCCCUCUCAACCCCAGCCGCCCCAGAUCGGCCACGGUCCUAGCAACUUGUUUGGCGGUAUAAUGGCAGGCAGCGCUGCUCAGGGUGGUCCGGGCCUAGCCCCUCCUCCACAGGAGCCACCCCAGGGUCAUGGCAUGCCACCACAGUUGGGAGGUCCCCAGGGCCCGCCAGGCCCCCCUGGUCCCCCACAGCACUUUGGUGGCUACCAGCCCGGCCCUCCAUCUGUGAAUGGCUACGGUCAGCCCCCACAGCCAACUGCUUCGCCUGGUGCUAAGCGUCCAGGUCCUGCCCGCGGUCCCCCCAACCCCGCCACUCCUCAGCAGAACAAUCCUGCUCCCUACCCCGGAUCCCCCCAGGUUCCGCGACCCACCCCACCGCCUCAUCAUCAACAGAAUGCAUUGAUGGCAGCCAACCAUAUUCCUCUCAGAGAGAGCAACAUUCUUGCCGAUCUUGACAUCGAGCAAUUGCCUGAAAACUUGAAGAAAGAAGGCAGUGAUUGGUUCGCUGUUUUCAACCCUCGUUCAAGGCGAGUGCUCGAUGUUGAUCUUAUUCAUAACUUGCCACAUCAAAGUGUUGUGUGCUGUGUUCGUUUCAGCUUGGACGGUAGAUAUGUCGCCACAGGUUGCAAUCGCUCGGCACAGAUUUUCGACGUCGAGACUGGUAGCCCUGUCGCACACCUCCAGGACGGAAGUUUGCCAGAAGAUGGGGAUCUCUACAUCAGGAGUGUCUGCUUCAGUCCCAAUGGCCAAUACCUAGCCACUGGUGCUGAGGACAAGGUCAUCAGGGUCUGGGACAUUGCCAGCCGUACCAUCAAGCACCAAUUCACCGGUCACGAGCAGGACAUUUAUUCGCUCGAUUUCGCCAGGAAUGGCAAGAUCAUCGCCUCGGGUAGUGGCGACAGGAGCGUGCGUCUCUGGGAUCUCGAAUCCAACAUGCAAGUUUCAAACUUCUCCAUCGAAGACGGCGUUACCACUGUCGCCAUCUCCCCCGACAAUCUUUACGUGGCUGCUGGAUCGCUCGACAAGAGCGUCCGUGUAUGGGACAUCCAAACCGGCCAACUCGUUGUCCGACUCGAAGGCGAGCACGGCCACAAGGACAGCGUCUACAGCGUAGCCUUCGCUCCUUCCGGCAACCGCCUCGUCAGCGGCAGUCUAGACAAGACGAUCAAAAUGUGGGAGCUAUCAACCACCAACCGCUUCGUCCCCGGCGGAAACCACCCCACUGGAAAAUGCAUCCGCACAUUCGAAGGCCACAAGGACUUUGUUCUCUCCGUCGCUCUCACCCCCCAUGGCGACUGGGUACUCAGUGGUUCCAAGGACCGCGGCGUCCAGUUCUGGGACCCCCACACCGGUGUCGCUCAACUCAUGUUGCAGGGACACAAGAACUCUGUCAUCUCCGUGGCCCCUAGUCCCACUGGCGGCGUCUUCGCUACUGGAAGUGGUGACAUGCGCGCGAGGAUUUGGAGGUUCGACAGGUACCAAGGCGCUUAGACUGCUCCUCCUACUGCCACUCCUGCUCCUGCUCCUGUUCCUGGUACGGCUGCCCACCAUUCCCCUCGUCCCUUUCGCACUGCACGUCGCCCGCCAGGCGGGCAUCCUCGAAGGAAUGGUAAUAUACCACCUAGGUUGUGAUGAUGUCUCUUUUACUGGACUCGUACGUUGAAUGAGAGACCGUGUACUUGCUGUGUAGUGAUCGCAGGAGCAGUUGCAUGGAAUGGGAGGUAGGUCUUGGCUUGGGAUGAUGUUGGAUGCUUGGUUGGUUGGUGGGGCUCCUCGUGUGGCCUUGUCUGUUUAUUCUGUUGUUGUUUCCUUUUAUCAUUUUUUUGGCUGUUGGUAUUUGAUUCCCAUAUAUGUCAUCAUCUUAUUCUUAGCUGA